CACAUUCCAUUUCCAUCCAGAAGCACACACAACCAUGACCGCCGCCGCCGUGUCGCCCGUGCUGGCCUUCGCCGUGCUCUUCCUCUGCUCCGCCGCGCAGCUCAUCUCCGGCUGCCCGGUGCCGCUGCCGCACCAGACGGCCGACAACAACCCGCGUCUCCAGCGCGCCUACUCCGCUCUCCAAGCCCUGAAGCACGCCAUCACCGACGACCCCAGGAACCUGACCUCCAACUGGUGCGGCCCGGACGUGUGCGCCUACUACGGCGUCUUCUGCGCCGCGGCCCUCGACGACCCUUGCUCGCGCGCCGUGGCCGGCCUCGACCUCAACCACGGCGACAUCGCCGGCACCUUCCCCGACGAGCUCGGCCUGCUCACCGACAUCGCCGUGCUCCACCUCAACUCCAACCGCUUCGCCGGCACGCUCCCGGAGACGCUCCCCAAGCUGUCCCUCCUCCACGAGCUCGACGUCAGCAACAACCGCCUUUCGGGCGGCUUCCCGCAGCACAUCCUCUGCCUCCCCAACGUCAAGUACGUCGACAUCCGGUUCAACAACCUCUGCGGCCCCGUCCCGCCCGCCAUCUUCGACAAGAACAUCGACGCGCUCUUCAUCAACAACAACCACUUCGAGUUCGAGCUACCGGAGAAUCUCGGCAACUCGCCGGCUUCUGUCAUCGUGCUCGCAAACCUUGGGAAGCUCAGCGGUUGCAUCCCUCCAAGCAUCGGCAAGAUGGCCGGGACGCUGAACGAGCUCGUGAUCCUCAACAGUGGCGUGAAGUCCUGCAUCCCGCAGGAGAUCGGGCAGCUCAGGGAGCUCACUGUCUUGGACUUGAGCUUCAACGAGCUGCAGGGGACGCUCCCGGAAUCCAUGGCCGGGUUGCGGUCGCUGGAGCAGCUCGACGUGGCGCACAACGAGCUCUCCGGACACAUCCCGGAGGCCAUCUGCGCGCUGCCCAGGCUGGCCAAUUUCACAUACUCGUUCAACUACUUCUGCGGCGAGCCGGAGCGGUGCGCCGCGCUAAGGCGGAACGACGACCGGCAGAACUGCAUCGCCGGAAGGCCCGACCAGCGGCCGGCCGACCAGUGCCUCGCCUUCCUCCACCGCCCGCCCGUGCACUGCGACCCGCACGGCUGCUUCGCGCACUACUGAUCAUGCCGAUGAGUUUGCUUCCAUCGGUGGAAUGGAAGAAAGAGGCUCUGCCAUUCUGGUGUGUGAAUUGGAAGGGUAAAUUCGUACACAGAGAGUAGUAUCAAUCAAUCAUCGUAUAUAUAUACACUGUAAUUUUUUUAUUUUUGGUUUUGUUGACAGACCGACAGAGAGGGUAUUGGUAAUAAUGGAAUUGUAGACAUACUCCUACAUUACACUAUUCUUAUUUAUUCUUUUAGCAACCCACUGAUCAGUGCUUCUUCUAUGCUAUGUACUCAUAUGGAGUAGAAUUCAGUUUAAUGGUUGUUACAUUGAUGAAAA